AUGCAGGCUAUGCUGUCCCUUGCCCAAAACAAACACAAAUAUGCCAUGGGGUACAAACAUUGCACAUCAGAGGAAAAAAGAAAGCUAUUUUACUGCUUCUGCCUUCGAUUGAAAUGUGGACCGCUAAUUGGUUAGAAGUGCCACUCAACUUGAAAUGGAUCGGACGUCUAGCGCUGUCAAUUGCAGCCAAUGAGUUCAGCGUUGUUUUAGUCGGGAGACGUGAGAGGAGAGCACUCUGCUUUGGGACCAGAUUCGACUGCUCGGCGUCAGCGGCCCGCGUGUCCCUGGUUUCAAGGCAAAGCUGUAACGUGACGUGACGUGACGUGACGUGAGAACUAGACUCACUCGCCUCGUCUCUUUUUUUCUCUCGUAACGUCAUAAGCACACCGGCCUGACGCGCGAGGACAGCCGCGCGCACGCAGAGCUCGGCCAAAAGCUCGCGCGCAACAAGUGCUGUGUGGCGUCGGCGCGACGUGCCGGAGGUGGCCCUCGGUUCUUGCGAGGGUUCCUCGGCCACGCGCUCAUCACCGACCGGAGCCCAAGCGCCAAGUUCAAGCUCACCUUCGGUACGCGGAGAAGCUCGCAGGAGAAGAUGAGGAGCAGCGCCCUAUGGAUCGUCGUGGUCCAGCUCCAGCAGCUUUUCUCGCUGCCCGCGGUCAUGGCCCAAAAAACUCCCGCCUGCCGCGGCGACGAAAAGCCGUACCGCGGCGACUGCUACCACUUCGUGACCCUUGGCAAAAUGUGGCAGUCGGCCGAGGAUUACUGCGUGGCCAGGGACGCUCACCUGGCUAGCUUCCACUCGGCCGCGGACGUCCGCUUCCUGACAGGUCACGCCCGAGGGACGCACCUCUGGACCGGACUCCGGACGCGCACCCACCGCUUCACCGACCGCACUACAGUGGCUUUCGUCCCGUGGGCCCCCGACGAGCCGAGGGGCGGGAAGAAACGCGGCUGCGUGCUCUUGCUGGAGGGAGACCUCAUACGAGAUGAGAGAUGCGAUUACGGCUACCCCUUCGCCUGCAAAAGAGUGCCCAGCCCGCUCACCGCCGCCAAGGAGAAGCGGCCACAAUCGACAGGCCGGAUGUCGGGCGGUUGCGGCUCGUGGGUGGAAAACCCCUUCAACGGCUUCUGCUACCUGCUCGGCACCGUCCGCGAGACCUGGCCGAAGGCCCAACAGAACUGCGAGGCCGAGAACGGUAACCUUCUGAGCGUCGCCGACGCGGGGGAACUGGACUUCGCGCGAGGUUUGGCGAACGGGACCGAGAGCGGCGCUCUGUGGAUGGGCGGCAGCCUCCCCGGGAACCGAGGCCAAUGGGAGUGGAGCGACAGAACCACGUUCGCCUUCCUACGCUGGAGCACAGAGAUCUCCGGCGCUGUGUCCGCAGCUACGACCCGGAGCUACUCGGGCGGUCGCUGCCUGUCCUUCGCAGCCGACGGCGACCGCUGGUACGAAGACGACUGCGAGAGGAAGAGAAGCUACGUUUGCAAGAGAGAAAAGACUUGCAUCUCAUGAGCUGGAUUUUCCCAAUGAUACCAUUUUUCUUCAUAUUCAACAUUUAUUUUGUAAAGAUAACCAGUAACCAUUUUCACAUUUAUCUCGUUGGACAAGGAUGACGGAGGAGCGUGGAUUUUUGAUGUCGGAAAAUAAGAGUGCACAACUAGGAAGAAAGAACAUUUUCCAAGAGGAUGCCUGUGAUUGACAUAUAUCCCUUUAAA